CAUUGAAAAUGUUUUCCACACGAACGACCCCGGUAUCGCGUGUCUCAUUUUCCUCGAACUUUUCUCAAUUCGAGCAAAACAUCAUUCACCAAACGCAAUGCGCAUGCUUCGACAUCGGAUAUGUCCAUUCGACUUUAGAAGACGUUCAUCUCGAUCCGAACCCGUCAGUCGGAACCGAUCGGUCGGAUUGAGCGGACGCACUCGAAACCAGGAACUAACCAAGUGAAGCAGAACCGGCAUCUUCCACCCCGCGCGCGCAUUUCCCCUUCCUGCAGUACAUAUUGUGCAUUCGGUUCUUUUCUCGCGUACAUCGCAUUGCGAGUGUGUUUUUCUCGGGGCGACAGUCGCGUCUCUUUCGCUCCUGAUGAGCCGACUUAUACUUAGGAUUUAAGUGAGUGUCGUCGCCGCGAGGGGAGCGUCACGCACGAUUUCACGCCGCGCCGCGAGGGGCUUGUCCCGGUCCCGGUGCGGGGCGCACUUUAUGAACGAGAUUAUCUGGGAGGUUUUCCGAUGUAAGCAGAUGGCACUCACCUAGUUGCGGAGGCGGUAUGCAUCCAACAUCACGCUGCAGUAUCCAAAGCGACAAGAAGAACACGAAUGUUUUGACCAGAUCGCGACAGAGGGGGGAUUAGAACAUUAGAACCGUGUGUGGGUUGAUCGUGAAACCAUCUCGCGUCGGGUGCUGCUGUGCUGAAGAAGGAAAACGAUGACGAAGGUGGCUAAAUUUCAACAGAAAGAACAAGAUAAGCGACUGGCGCAAUUCGACGGAAAAGUGCGGAAUAAAAGUGAGAUUUUUAUUGUUUUGAGUGGAGGAAGAUAAUCGAGAGGCUGCUGAAGUGAAUUUGAAAUACAGGCCGCCCGCCACCAAAGAUCGCAACCAAAGAUGGAUAAAAUUAAUCGACAACGAAUAGGAGAGAUCAUCGUGAUGCUCGGGAUAUUUCUCACGGUCAUCGAUGCCGUUAAGGUAUCUUUUUACGGUGCUAGCCAUAUAGCAAUGCCCCUGCAGGAAGCCAAGAUAUCCACAAACAUUCGGCUGCGAUUCCGAUCACGACAAGACAAUGCCUUGAUUCUGCUGACGGCUGGACGAACCGACUAUUCACUGUUGAGCAUCGAUGGAGGACGGAUACGGUUCAGCUUCAAGAUUGAUGACUACCACACAGAUCUAUGGUCUCCGGUGACGCUGAAGUUUAACGAUCUGCAGUGGCAUGACAUUUCGAUAUCCAGGUAUGCUGCGAACUUGACCAUGCAGAUAGACGAGUACUUUGCCACGAAGACCUUGCCGGAUAAUGUAACAGAGCUAAACGUACACUUUGGAGUGUUCAUCGGUGGAGUGGGAGCAUAUUCGGCUACAUACUUGGGCGCUACGGAAAACUUCAGAGGAUGUAUCGCUGAUAUCUUCUACAACAACAUCAACAUCUUCAAGCGGGCCAGGGAACGCACCGGUCACGUGACGAACGAGCGGGUCUCGUGGAUCUGUGCACCGGAGUUUGACGCAGACGUGGCUACUCCGAUCAGCUUCCUGGACGACGAGAGCUACGUGAUACUGCAGAAACCGACUUCACGAUCCGGUGAUCGCUGGAGUAUGGAAUUUCGAACGAACGAACCCUACGGAAUGCUGCUGAGCAACAUUCCAACGAGUGCGAGGUACGAUUUUAUGGCACUGGAGAUUGUGGAGAGCCAAGUGCGAUUGCUGGUGGGCAAAGGCUCGAACGCGGUAGAGUUGAUACCCGAUCGUAACGUGUCCGAUGGCAAGUGGCACAACAUUUCCGUGACGUACAGUCCGCUAGUGGUAGACAUAACUGUAGAUGAAGUUACGAGUAGUGCUACGUUUGCCAACGGAAGCAGCCAAAUUAUAGAACUUGAAGAGGAGUUUUACAUAGGAGGUUUUGAUCACCGCAAGAAGCGUAAGGCUUUUCUGAAAGGAGCUCGUUCCACAGAAUCUAGCUUGAAAGGUUGUAUUCGGGAAAUUGUGCUUGACGAUCACACAGUUGGAUUUCCGAAUUUCAAGGUUACCCAUGGUGUUACUGUUGACUGUGUUUGGAGAUAUCCUUGCAUCGAAAAACAACCGUGCAUUCCUUCCGGACAGUGUCACCACCAGGGAAUCAAUGACUUCAUCUGUUAUUGCGAUCAAGCAUUCUGUAUUAAGGCGGAUUAUUCAGAGAGCUACAAGGUCUUUUCGAGAUCAGAUCUGGUUAUCGAGAAAGAGCUGAUGCUGAUAAGUCCCUUGGAUGUCUUAGAAGGUGGAAUCGCUUUUCUCUCUCCAAAACACAUUGAAGUACUCUUCGAUUACACGAAACUUGGAGUUCAGGAAGCAGGAGUGAUUUUUCAUGUGGUUCAACCUCCAAAACACGGCAAGAUCACCAUUCACUCAUACGGUGCAGAAGGUAAUUCUUCGGCGACACAGAUGAAGUUCUUCUCGCACAUCGACCUUUCCACCGAUAAAGUAAAGUACACUCACAACGGUGCAGAAAACUCUAACGAUCACAUGACGAUUGACAUGCAUUUAGUACCGUCCACACGAAAUAACCUUCCGAGUUACCUCGAAGGGAAGCAUCGCUUCGUAUUGCACGUCAACAUCACACCAGUGAACGAUCCUCCCAUCCUAAAGCUUCCACAGACCAAACUGCUUCGCGUAACUCAAGGCAUACCCAGAGUGAUCGGUCCAGACUUCCUGCAAGCAGAUGAUUCGGACAGUCCGCCAGAGUCACUCAUUUACACCGUAUUGAUGAGCCCCGGCUUGGAAGCUCAACAGGGUCGCAUAGAGCUGGGCGGAAGACCCGCAGCGACCUUCUCCCAAUCGGACGUCAACGCUGGUCUGGUAACCUAUCUGAUAAAUACAAAAGGUCCAGACGACUACCUGGAGUUGAACAUCCAGGUGUCGGAUGGUAUGGAAACAAGUCCAGCAAGUUCGGUGAGGGUUUCGGUGCUGCCACUGCAACUUCGUAUGAUAAACAACACCGGUUUGGUGCUGAUCCACAAGUCGUCGGCGCUGAUUACACCAUUUAACUUGUCGUUUGUGCCAAACUCUGACGAAGAAAAUGUGGAUAUGAGAUUUGAUAUCGUCCAAGCUCCCGCUUACGGUAGCCUUCAAAAACUGCGAUCAGUGGACUCUUCAUGGAUAUCGGUAGACUCCUUCAGCAGCAAUCAGCUCCUUUUGGGACAGAUUCGAUAUUUGCAUUCGUCAGAUCUUCCCUUGCAUGACGAGUUUAAGUUCACGGUGACCCUUGGACCGAUAACAACCCCCACCUAUGAUUUCCGAAUCUCCUUCACCAAGCUUCGAAUUGGAACCAUCCGGCAGAACAACAUGUACAUCAACACCAAAGACAACGUUAUCCGUGCAGACUACCUGUACCACCAAACGACACCCAUUUCCACGUUCGCCCGUAACAUUAUCUACACCGUCGUGAAACCUCCUAAAUUCGGUAUCAUCUACGUCGACGGUCAUCCUGAAUACGCCAAACCCGGAGACUCGUUCACGCAGCAAGAAAUCGAGAAGAAUCUCAUCAAAUACCGCACAUAUCACUCGUCGUACGGAAACUUCAUCGACACGUUCGAGUUCAUCGUGUCCGUUCCGGAGUGCGACGACGUCCAGGGUAAGAUGGACUUCAUCUACAAUCCACCGGACUACCUGGCGAAACAGAUCAUCUACCAAAAGCGGGAAAAAAUGUACGUUCACGAGGGAAACAAAACCGCCUUAUCCAGGACCAACUUUGAAGUUCUGUUCAACAAGUUCAACUCGCUGACAUUCAAUUUGACGCACUUCCCCAAGCAUGGUUCCCUGUGUAAGGUGAAUCCCCGGACGUUUGAAGCAAAGGAAAUUACUUCCUUUACGUUGCAGUACUUGUACCUGGGAGACAUUCACUACUGUCAUGAUGAUUCGGAGUCCACGGAGGAUAGUUUCCGGUUGCUGAUCCUGUCGGAUAAUGAAACGGAUUUCCAGUUUGUUUGUGAGAUUCAGGUGGAGAUUACACUGUUGAACGACAACGGACCAUAUCGUGUGUUCGACAAGGUGUUUCACAUAGUGCGCGAUCAGACAAAACUGUUGACUUCUGGGGAUUUGAAAUACGCGGAUCCGGAUAUUGAGACGAGAAACUUGGAUUUGGAGUAUCGCUCCGUGUCCUGUACUAAUGGGGAUUUGUUGAAGAACGGAAAAUAUGUGGACUUCUUCACACAAGAAGAUCUGGAUAGCAGGAGGUUGCUGUUUCAGCAUAACGGGACCGAUCAAGGUCGGUUGUCAUUCAUAGUGACGGAUGGGCUGUAUGAAGUUCCGGGAUCACUGGAAAUAGAAGCAUCUGAUCCAUUCUUGAAGAUACGGGAGAGCAAUGCUUCGAUUGUUCAGGAAGGUCGAGCGGUGUUGUUGACGUUGACUGACCUGAAUGUGGAUACCAAUUUGAAUGCUAAGCCGGAGGAAAUCGAGUACAGAGUGCUGAAUGAACCCAGCAAUGGGUUGUUGAAGCUGUUCAGAAGCAAGUUCAACGCGACACAGUUGCACAAAUUGAGUAACGCUACAACGACGAUGAACUUCACCCAAGCGGAUUUGGUUGGCGAACGGCUGGUUUACUGGAAUAGGGACGUGGCAUCCAUGGACAAGAUCAAGUAUCGUGUAACUACGAAGGGCGUGUGGGCGGAGGGUGAGAUCAUGGUUCGCAUCUACCCUCCUGCUUACUGGGAACCGCUGAGGAUUCGACGCAAUCAGACUUUGUUUGUAGAGGAAUCGACAAGCGUGAUCAUAUCUAGAGAAGUUUUGGAGAUCGUUCAUCCCAACAUCUCUCCGGGGGACAUAACAUAUCUAGUGACGACGCAACCUCAGCACGGCUAUUUGGAAAUUCAGUCGAUCACUUCGGAUGACGAGUACAACUCCAAAGUGUUUGAUCAAUCCACGAUCAACUCGGAGAAGAUGUUCUACAUUCAAGCGGGAGUAAAUCAGUCAUCGGAUUAUUUCACCUUCGAUGUUACGAAUGGAAUAACUUGGUUGCGUGACUUGAUCAUGCGGAUUGUUAUCAUUCCGGAGCAUUUGUACAUGCGCACGAAUGUAAUUGUCGUUGAAGAAGGAAAAACCGUCAAGAUACACCCUUCCGACAUGGUACCUUAUUCCGAAUACUACACCGGGAAGAUCUUAGAGUACAAAAUCCUAGAACAUCCACUGCAUGGAAGCAUUAAAUCCGGAAAAUCAUCGAAGGUCAAUCGGUUCACACAGAAGCAGUUGGAAGCCGAGGUGAUCACCUACGUGCACAACGGAAGUGAGAACUCUACGGACACUAUCCGAUUGGUGGCGUUGGGAAGAAAUAAGGAAAGUGUACCAUUUAACCUUCAGAUCCAGAUCCUGCCGAUCAACGACGAAAUUCCACAGGUGCUAACCAAUACCGGAAUGCACAUGUGGAUCGGAGGAAAAAGCAUGAUCCAGAAUACGGAUUUAUUGGUACAAGAUUACGACACCCCUCCAGAGAAUCUCACCUUCCAUAUCCAGCAAAUGACCGGAGGUUACGUAGCUCUGAAGGACUCCUACAGCAAGAAGCUGCAUACCUUCACACAGCAAGACAUCAACCACAACCUGGUGUACUUCAUCCAUGACAGUAGCAAUCAAAAUGGAAAGAUCGUAUUCUUCGUUAGUGAUGGCCUUCACAAUACAACGGAUCAGGUGCUGCACAUCGUUACGAAUCCUGUUGCAUUGGAACUCGUGAAGAACGAGAUCCUACACGUCUUCCCGUUGACGAGGAAACAGAUUCUACCGGAGCAGUUACACUACAAAUGUUCCGAUGAUGAUCGGGACGUGAAAUAUGUCGUCACUAUUCCACCGCAGAUGGGGAAACUGCUAUUUGAACAUGCCGAAUACGGCUACAUGAAUGAAAUCACUGAGUUCACGCAGCACGAUGUGGAAAACGGACGUAUCUUCUACGAGCAUAUGCACCACAUGGUGGAGUUGAAAACUAACGAUUCUUUCUACUUUGAUGUUACGGCUCCGCUGUCGAACAGCUUGGUGGAUCAGAUCUUCAACAUUGACGUGUCAGUCUCUUCAGGGGGUUUAUUAAGGUUCCUGCCAGUUCCACGGAUAAACUUGGACGAAGGAGAUUCCGGACCAAUUAAGUUGGAUCUAUCCAAAGUACUGGAAUAUUUGGAAACUCGAGCUGGUAUCCAGAACCCGGAAUUGUUCAUUGAUGUUCAUCCUCCAGCUCAUGGGACCGUCGAGCUAGAUGAUUCUCUCACAGAGGCCAAUCGAUUCUCUUUGAACGAUUUCUACGAAAAUAAGGUCUACUACAAGCAUGAUCAUUCUGACACCGUGGAAGACAAAAUUGCUUUGGCCGUGUACUUGGUACCGGGGAAUUUGUUCUUGUGCAACAUCACUAUUCCCGUAACGAUCAAUCCCGUUAACGAUCAGCCAUUCCAGCUAGCGACGGCCUCCCCGCAUAUCUCGGUGAUCGAAGGUGAGAACCAAACUAUAACUGCGUCCCAGUUGCUCACGGAAGACGCAGAUACGGAUCCAAAGGACAUAGUUUAUGACGUUAUCAGUGGCCCAAACCUUGGAGUUUUGCUGAAGAUAUCGGAUGAAGGCUAUCCUCAAGAUAUUAUUACCUAUGGGAACCAGUUCACCCAAGCAGACAUAAAUGAAAAUCGGAUCAUUUAUACACAUUCAGGUAACCCCCAAUCUACGACGUUUUAUUUCAAGGUGUCGGAUGGUAAAUUCAAGCCAGCUUAUGAAAUCUUCAACAUUAAGGUUCUUCCAAUUACGAUCUUACCGGGAUACAAUAAUCAGCCGAUCAUGGUUCAACAGGGUACUAACCUAGGGGUACUGGAGACAAAACAUGUCUCUGUGGAAACCAACGUCCAAAAGAGCAGGAUAGUGUACAAUAUAACCAAGAACCCAUUGGGAGGAAUUAUCAUCUCUAACAACAAACCAGUACUGAAGUUCACGCAGCGUCAGUUGGACGACGGAAAGAUCAACUACAUGCAGACUGACAUGACCCGUUCUAAUGAUAGCUUCCAAUUGGACGCCUUUAUCCCGGAUACCACCUCGGCUUGUCUGAUUGACGUUUCUAUGAUCGUCCAACCCUUCAUCAUCAUCAACCCAAUCACGAUCACCCCGGGAGAACGAAUCCGGCUCAGUUCAACGUUCAUUUUCGAUAAUCCUGCUCAGUUGAAGCUCAAUCGUUACAACCCGAAGAUCACGAUCACUCGCAGACCCAAGUAUGGUCGUCUGAGAAAAAUCGUUCGAAGUUCUGGACUUGACUACAUUGAGCAGCCAAGCGACAAAGACAUAAUCACAUUCACUUACAAGGAACUUAAAAGUGGAGUAAUCUACUAUGUAGCGAGGAAGUUCAGCCAAGACUUCCAAUCGAUCAAUGACAACUUUGAGUACGUGUUGUCCACUAAGACUGCCCAGCCCGGUCAGGGCACCGUUCCUAUCGAAAUCUACUCUCCGUCCCGGGGAUCGCACGGCAGCAAUGACGUAGACAUUGUCACGGCUGACAGUAGCCUUCCCUUGGAAUAUCUCAUUGCGGCUUGCGCAGCCGCCGCGAUCAUCGUCAUCCUCAUCAUGACCAUAAUUCUGAUAAAGUGCAGAGCCAACAACUCCCACAAAAACCACCCGGACAAAGAUCAUCCUCCUUCUCUGCCGCGCCCUCCGGACUUCAUGACCCUCAACAACCGCAUGUACACUCCUUCCGAGAACGAAUCCCUCCCGGUAACCUCGGCUUCCACACCGCUCCCCAUCAUCAGUAGCAUUCCCCACUGCAAGGUCAUUCCCAUCGGGUUGGAUAACUCGCUGCAGCUGGACUCCGAGCCCGAAGAGGACAUGUUGGACAUGCACGGUGACCUCCUGCAGAACACGAACAACCUCAACUACCCGUACGGAGACGAAGGCGACGAGUGGAGUUCGUCCUGCGAGGUCGGCCCGGACGUGAACUACUCAACCAUUGCCCAGUCGCACCAUCAACAGCAAGCCCAACAACAACAGCAGCUGCUACCGUCGCAGCAAACUCUUCCGCAUCAGUCGCAAGCGAACCCGUUGCUGCGAAGGAAUCAGUAUUGGGUGUGAGACGCGGGGGUUUCUUUUAUAAGUACACUUCGAUUUUGUUUUACAUCCGUUGUAUAGGUGAUCGUAUGAAAAAACACUGUAAAUUAGUUUCGUCAAAUUUCAUGAUCCUCUAAAGCGUGGCCAUUCACAUUUUGGAAAUUUAUUCUAUAAUUUAGAACAAUAUUGAAAUCUACAUGAUAACUACUGCCAUCUACACGUCAUAAAUAAUAAUAUCCAAAGCCUUAAUAUAGGAUAUUUCUGUAACCUUCUCUAAAUUUCUUAAAUUAUGUGAGACUUUUCGAUGUCUCUUCCAGCUACAUAGUACAUAUAGUAUUUUUGAAUGGACGUAAAUGGAAAUUUCGGCCUUGUAAAAGUGUACUUAAAAAUAUAAAAACAUUUGUACAGUUUCGUGUGAUGCAGUACUCUGAUGUCUCCUGGUUUAUUAUUGACUCAAUACUUAAAACUAUGUUUUCACAAACUUACUAUCUAAAGCUAUCAAUACUGAAAUAUGUAUAUUAACUACUUUGAAUGUAUACUUUAUGAUUGAGACUUGUUCCCUAAAAUAGGUAGCCAAUAUUUACAACUGGAAGGAAGUCGAACAAAAUUGCCAUGCAAUUUGUGCCUUUACUUAAUAAAGCGAAUUCUUGAAUCUCUUAAAUCAUCAGUACCAUACUCCUACGUGUGACAGUGUGUGUGUGUGUGUGUGUGAUGAAAGAUGUAGACAAAUAAAUGAGUGAGCAAACUUUCCCAAAAGUGCCUAAUUCGAGAUUGAGUUUUUUUUUCUACGAUACCGAAAAAUAAAUACUUCUUUUGUAAGGAACGA